AUGGCGGAGGCAGAAGGAGAGGAUGCGGAGAAAACGCUUGUGCCAAAAACAAAUAGCACCUCUGCUAUUUGGCAGUACUUCGGAUUCAAAAAAGAAGACAACCUACAGAGUCAGGUAUUGUGCAGGACCUGCAGGGCGGUUGUUGCAACAUCCAGAGGUAACACCACCAACCUGCAUCACCACCUGCUGCACCACCAUAAAGAGCUGCACGAGCUGUUCAAGGCCAGUCAAUCGAGAGCGCCGAGCAGUAGUAAUGCAACACGACCAUCACUGCAGCCACAGUCCAUUACUCAGAGUUUUGUGAGACUGACUCCAUAUGAAAAGUCCUCUAAACGACACAUUGAAAUAACGGAGGCCAUAACCCACUGUUUGGCGAAGGAUAUGAUGCCCACCAACACCGUGACCAGACACGGAUUUCUGAGUCUAGUUCACAAACUCGAUCGACGAUAUGAGGUGCCAUCACGGACUUAUUUUUCUGAUGUUGCUAUUCCAAAUAUGUAUGAAAAGUGCAGGACGACGGUGGAGUCGGAGCUGGACCAGGUCGAGUACUUUGCCUGCACCACAGACCUCUGGUCCAGCCGAACCACAGAGCCCACCAUCAGUCUCACUGUUCACUUUUUGGACCGGGAGUUUCAGCUGAAAACACGGUGUCUCCAGACACAGUAUUUUCCAGGAGAACACACCGGCGAGAACAUUGCUUAUGGGUUACAAAAUGCUCUUAAAGAUGACAGGCGCAUUGCCCGUGCUACUGGGCUGUGCAAAAAAAUGAUGGGACAUUUCUCCCACAGUUGGAAGCAGAAGACAGCUCUCAGGAGAGCACAACAGAAGCACAACCUUCCAGAGCAUGCCCUUGUCACUGAAUGCCCAACCAGGUGGGGCUCAAAACAGAAAAUGAUGGGGAGGAUCUUGGAGCAGCAGCGGGCCUUAUCUGAUGUCCUCUUAGCAGACCGAAAAACACGGCAUCUGGAUCCCUCCUGGCAAGACCUAGAGACAUCAGUUCUUACAGAAAAAGAAGGUGACACAGAUUUAACCAAUGAUAUCAAAGCAAAAAUCCUGGACUACAUGAAUACAAAAUAUGAUGACCCAGCAACACAAGAACUUCUAGAUGUUGCAACAUUCAUGGACCCCAGGUUCAAGAGCAGCUACAUCAGUGUUGAGAAGGUCCAAGACAUCAAGACCAGGGUGAUGUCGGAGAUGAAAGAUACAUCGCAGAAGGAGGGAGAAGAUUCUCAGGCCAAAAGUGUGAAUCCACCCAUCGACAAGAGGGCAAAGCCAUCACUGGGCAGUUUGCUCAAAAGUAAUCCAGGUCCAACCUCCACCACAUUCGACAUGCAGAUGGAGCAAGCUAUUGAAGCUGAAGUCAACAGCUACCUACUGUCCCCCACCAUUGACAGUGAGGCAGACCCGUUGGCUUGGUGGAAACUCCACCACUUGACUUACCCGAAGCUGAGUAAACUAGCUCGGCGGUAUCUGUGUAUACCUGCCACUAGUUCACCCUCAGAGAGGCUCUUCAGCACAUCAGGGAAUGUGGUAACAUGUCAGCGUGCAUGUUUGAAACAUACCAAAGUUAACAUGCUGGUGUUGGCUAAGAACUUGCCCUGA